GGCCCUGGGAGAUGCCCGGCAGCGCAGGGCGCUGAUUUUCUGUUCCUCAACCCCCAACCGGCACCGCUGGUCCUCCUCUUGCCACCCGCGAGCUCCCACUUUCCGGGGCACCCACUUCCCCAGGCAACAUGACUCGGCUGAGCUGGUGCUUUUCCUGCGUGAUCCGUUGGGGCAAGUACUUCUUCUCCUGCCUCCUGCCCCUGCGCCUCUGCCUUCGCCGCCAGCCAGAAGACCUGGAGGCCCCCAAGACCCACCACUUCAAGGUGAAGGCCUUCAAGAAGGUGAAACCCUGUGGCAUCUGCCGCCAGGCCAUCACUCGGGAGGGCUGCGUUUGCAAAGUCUGCAGCUUCUCCUGUCAUCGGAAAUGCCAGGCCAAGGUGGCUGCCCCUUGUGUUCCUCCAUCCAGCCAUGAACUGGUGCCCAUCACCACGGAGAGCGUACCCAAGAAUGUAGUGGAUGUGGGGGAAGGAGACUGCAAGGGUGGAAGCUCUCCCAGAAGCCUCCAGGAGGGCGACUCCAUGAGAGUUUCGCCAAGCAUCCACCCGCAGCCACAGCCUGUCAGUCUCUCUAGAAACAUGAGUGUGAGCCGGGCCAUGGAGGACAGCUGUGAGCUGGACCUGGUGUACGUCACGGAGCGCAUCAUCGCCGUGUCCUUCCCCAGUGCGGCCAAUGAGGAGAACUUCCGCAGCAACCUCCGUGAAGUGGCCCAGAUGCUGAAGUCCAAACAUGGGGGCAACUACCUGCUCUUCAACCUCUCUGAGCAGAGGCCUGACAUCACGAAGCUCCACGCUAAGGUCCUGGAAUUUGGCUGGCCUGAUCUGCACACUCCGGCCCUGGAGAAGAUAUGCAGUGUCUGCAAGGCCAUGGACACCUGGCUCAAUGCAGACCCCCACAAUGUUGUUGUUCUCCACAACAAGGGAAACCGAGGCAGGAUUGGGGUUGUCAUCGCGGCGUAUAUGCACUACAGCAACAUUUCCGCCAGUGCUGACCAGGCUCUGGACCGGUUUGCAAUGAAGAGAUUCUAUGAGGAUAAGAUUGUGCCCAUUGGCCAGCCAUCCCAGAGGAGGUAUGUGCACUACUUCAGCGGCCUCCUCUCUGGCUCCAUCAAAAUGAACAACAAGCCCUUGUUCUUGCACCACGUGAUCAUGCACGGCAUCCCCAACUUCGAGUCUAAAGGAGGGUGCCGGCCGUUUCUGCGCAUCUACCAAGCCAUGCAACCUGUGUACACAUCUGGCAUUUACAACAUCCCCGGAGACAGCCAGGCCAGCAUCUGUAUCACCAUUGAACCAGGGCUGCUCCUAAAGGGGGACAUCUUGCUGAAGUGUUAUCACAAGAAGUUCCGGAGCCCGGCUCGUGAUGUCAUCUUCCGGGUGCAGUUCCACACCUGUGCCAUCCAUGACUUGGGGGUUGUUUUUGGGAAGGAAGACCUGGAUGAAGCCUUCAAAGAUGAUCGAUUUCCUGAUUACGGCAAAGUGGAGUUUGUAUUUUCCUAUGGGCCAGAGAAAAUUCAAGGCAUGGAACACCUGGAGAACGGGCCUAGCGUAUCUGUAGACUAUAACACCUCGGACCCCCUCAUCCGAUGGGAUUCCUACGACAACUUCAAUGGACAUCGUGAGGAUGGCAUGGAGGAAGUGGUGGGUCACACUCAAGGGCCACUGGAUGGGAGUCUGUACGCCAAAGUGAAGAAGAAGGAUUCCCUGAAUGGCAGCUCAGGGCCUGUCACUACUGCACGGCCUGCCCUGUCAGCCACUCCCAACCAUGUGGAACACACACUGUCUGUGAGCAGCGACUCUGGCAACUCCACAGCCUCCACCAAGACAGACAAGACCGAUGAGCCUGUUUCUGGGGCUGCCACUGCCCCUGCUUCUCUGAGUCCUCAGGAGAAGAAGGAGCUCGAUCGCCUGCUAAGCGGCUUUGGUGUAGAUAGAGAGAAGCAGGGCGCCAUGUACCGGGCUCAGCAACUCAGGUCCCACCCAGCUGGGGGCCCAACUGUGUCCUCCCCUGGCCGCCACAUCGUCCCAGCCCAGGUUCACGUCAACGGUGGGGCUCUGGCAUCUGAGCGGGAGACGGACAUUCUGGAUGAUGAGCUGCCCGUUCAGGAUGGGCAGAGUGGGGGCAGCAUGGGCACGCUGUCCUCCCUGGAUGGGGUCACCAACACCAGCGAAGGUGGAUACCCAGAGACUCUGUCCCCACUGACCAAUGGUCUGGACAAGUCCUAUUCCACAGAACCCAUGCUCAAUGGUGGAGGCUACCCUUAUGAGUCUGCCAACCGGAUGGUACCCCACAGCAGUCACUCGGCCCCCAUUCGGCCCUCCUACUCAGCUCAGGAGGGAUUAGCUGGCUACCAACGUGAGGGACCCCACCCAGCCUGGUCACAAGUGACCAGUGCCCACUGUGGCUAUGACCCCAGUGGUCUGUUCCGAUCCCAGUCCUUUCCAGAUGUGGAGCCCCAGCUGCCCCAAGCUCCAGCCCGUGGGGGCAGCAGCCGAGAGGCUGUGCAGAGGGGUCUGAAUUCUUGGCAACAGCAGCAGCCUCACCCACCUCCCCGACAGCAGGAGAGAUCCCCCUUACAGAGUCUUGCCAGCAGCAAGCCUAGCCCCCAGCUGUCAGCAGAAACCCCUAUACCUACUCUCCCAGAGUUCCCGAGGGCAGCCUCCCAGCAGGAGAUCGAGCAGUCCAUUGAAGCCCUUAAUAUGCUGAUGCUGGACUUGGAGCCGACUUCAGUGGCUGCCCCUCUGCAUAAGUCCCAGAGUGUCCCUGGGGCCUGGCCAGGGACUUCCCCACUUGCUUCCCAGCCCCUCUUGGGCUCUUCCCGCGAGUCCCAUCCGCUGACCCAGUCCCGGUCUGGCUAUAUCCCUAGUGGGCAUUCCCUGGGAGCCCCGGAGCUGGUCUCUUCUGGCAGGUCUUAUUCACCUUACGAUUAUCAGCUGCGUCCAGCUGGAUCCAACCAGAGUUUCCGUCCAAAAAGUCCAGCCUCUUCUGCCUUCCUUCCAAGCCCCCAUAGUUCUGCAGGGCCUCAAGAGCCCCCAACCUCUCUUCCUGGUCUCGUCACUCAGCCUCAACUCCCACCAAAGGAAACUACUUCAGACCCCUCCCGAACUCCAGAGGAAGAACCAUUGAACCUGGAAGGGCUGGUGGCUCACCGGGUAGCAGGGGUUCAGGCUCAGGAGAGGCAGCCUGCAGAGCCCCCAGCCCCGCUGCGGAGGCGAGCAGCCAGUGAUGGACAGUAUGAGAACCAGUCUCCAGAGGCCACAUCCCCACGUAGUCCUGGGGUCCGCUCCCCCGUCCAGUGCGUCUCCCCUGAGCUGGCUCUCACCAUUGCCCUCAAUCCUGGAGGGAGGCCCAAAGAGCCCCAUCUGCAUAGCUACAAGGAGGCCUUUGAGGAGAUGGAGAGGACCUCCCCGAGUGGCCCACCAUCCAGUGGGGUGCGCUCUCCUCCAGGUCUGGCCAAGACACCCCUGUCUGCUCUGGGUCUGAAGCCCCACAAUCCAGCUGACAUCCUCCUACACCCCACAGGUGAGGAAGGUGAGGGGGAGGAGGUGACUAAGCCUCCAGAAGAGCCCCGGAGCUAUGUAGAGUCUGUGGCAAGGACAGCGGUGUCAGGACCUCGAACUCAGGAUGUCGAGCCCAAGAGCUUCAGUGCCCCGGCUGCCCAUGCCUAUGGACAUGAGACACCCCUGAGGAACGGGACCCCGGCUGGCUCCUUCGUCUCUCCCAGCCCCCUUUCAACAAGCAGUCCCAUCCUCAGUGCUGACAGCACUUCCAUGGGCAGUUUCCCAUCAGGGGGGAGCAGUGACCAGGGUCCACGGACACCCAUCCAGCCCAUGCUGGACUCCAGCAUCCGCUCAGGCAGCCUGGGGCAGCCGAGUCCGGCAGCACUCAGUUACCGAAGCUCAUCACCGGUGCCGGCUGGUGGCAGCAGCUACAGCAGCCCUGACUACUCCCUUCAGCCAUUCAACUCUUCUCUAGAGAGCCAAGCCCAGCCACAGUUCAGUGCGGCCACCGUUCACAUGGUGCCUGGGAGCCCUCAGGCACGACACAGGACAGUGGGCACCAACACUCCACCUAGUCCUGGCUUUGGCCGGCGGGCUAUCAAUCCCACCAUGGCUGCCCCUGGUAGUCCCAGUUUGAGCCACCGGCAGGUGAUGGGCCCUGGUUUCCAUGGUAAUGUGGUUUCUGGCCACCCAAGCAGUGCAGCGACCACUCCUGGAAGCCCCAGCUUGGGCCGGCACCCGAUGGGAAGCCACCAGGUUCCAGGCCUCCACAGCAGUGUGGCCGCCACUCCAGGAAGCCCAAGCCUGGGCCGACACCCAGGGGCCCACCAAGGGAAUCUGGCUUCCAGUCUCCAUGGCAAUGCAGUCAUCAGCCCUGGAAGCCCCAGCUUGGACCGGCAUGCAGCUUACGGUGGUUACUCUACUCCCGAGGACCGACGACCAACGCUGUCCCGGCAAAGCAGUGCCUCCGGCUACCAGGCUCCUUCCACACCUUCCUUCCCUGUCUCCCCUGCCUACUACCCUGGCCUGAGCAGCCCUGCCACCUCACCCUCACCAGACUCAGCAGCCUUCCGGCAAGGGAGCCCCACACCCGCCUUGCCAGAGAAGCGGAGGAUGUCUGUGGGAGACCGGGCAGGCAGCCUUCCCAACUACGCCACCAUCAAUGGGAAACUGUCCUCCUCACCCAUUGCCAAUGGAAUGUCCAGUCCCAGUGGGAGCAGCACAGUCUCCUUCUCCCACACGCUUCCAGACUUUUCCAAGUACUCUAUGCCAGACAAUAGUCCCGAGACACGGGCUAAAGUGAAGUUUGUUCAAGACACUUCCAAGUAUUGGUACAAGCCUGAGAUCUCCAGAGAGCAGGCCAUUGCACUCCUGAAGGAUCAGGAGCCAGGGGCCUUCAUCAUCCGUGACAGCCACUCCUUCCGAGGGGCCUACGGGCUGGCCAUGAAGGUGUCCUCACCCCCUCCAACCAUCACUCAGCAGGGCAAGAAAGGAGACAUGACCCAUGAGCUGGUGAGGCACUUCCUGAUAGAGACAGGCCCCAGAGGAGUCAAGCUCAAGGGCUGUCCCAAUGAGCCAAACUUUGGCUCCCUGUCUGCUCUGGUCUAUCAGCACUCCGUCAUCCCACUGGCCCUGCCCUGCAAACUGGUCAUUCCAAGCCGAGACCCCACAGAUGAAUCAAAAGAUAGCUCAGGCCCUGCCAACUCAACCACAGACCUGCUGAAGCAAGGAGCAGCUUGCAAUGUGCUCUUCAUCAAUUCUGUGGAUAUGGAGUCACUCACGGGGCCACAGGCCAUUUCCAAAGCCACAUCUGAGACUUUGGCUGCUGACCCCACACCAGCUGCCACCAUUGUUCACUUCAAGGUCUCUGCCCAAGGAAUCACACUGACUGACAAUCAGAGAAAGCUCUUCUUUAGACGGCACUACCCCCUCAAUACUGUCACCUUCUGUGACCUGGAUCCACAAGAAAGAAAGUGGAUGAAGACAGAGGGAGGCGCCCCUGCUAAGCUCUUCGGCUUUGUGGCCCGGAAGCAGGGCAGUACCACGGACAACGCUUGCCACCUCUUUGCAGAGCUUGACCCCAACCAGCCUGCUUCUGCCAUCGUCAACUUCGUCUCCAAGGUCAUGCUAAGUGCUGGCCAGAAGAGAUGAAUCCUGGAGUCCUUGCCCAAGGCUGGGGCACUGGGGAUGGGGUGUGUGGGAGAGGGGACCUGUGAAUCCUGACCACCUUAAAUCCAGAAAGAGGACUUUUGGGUUGACUGUGGAGAAGGCUAGAAGGAAGUACAACACCGGGAGAGGGACGUGAAUGGUGGAGGGGAGGGGCGUGAAUGGUGGAGGGGAGGGGCGUGAAUGGUGGAGGGGAGGGGAAAGGGAGAAAGCCAAGAUGGAAGAGAAAAACUCAGAAUCCCCUGUACAGAUGGAAGCCACGCCUCCCAAAGCCUCCCCAGCUAGCUGGGGGCCCUGGCUCCCCUCUUCCUCUGAGAGAAUUGAGCCCCCACAGGGAACACACAGGCCUCUUUUGGUGGUGGCGGGGGACCAGAUUUCACAGAGCAGUGACAAAGCUUGUUCUCCCUACCCUCCUGUCUUGAGAGAAGAAGCUGAACCUACUUCUCUGGAGGUAAGGUUGCUAAACCCAGUGACCAGCGUGUGACAUCAAGCGGUGACACUUUUUUUAUAUUUUGCUCACCUGAGGCACCCAUGGUCUGUGCUUGCUCUGACUUCUUGUUGCAGGGUGUAAAAUGCACCCCCUCUCCCCGUGCACUGAUCACUGAUCGAUACCUGCCUCUAUCCACUCGAAUUACAAACAGCUCUGCUUGUCUGUGACCCUUGUGAUACACACUGACCAAAGAAGGCUAGGGAUAUGGGGUGGCAUGGUGCCAGGGCAGAAACAAGCUGUCUCCUGAAGGAGCUUAGCCGAGUCCUCUCUCUGUUCCUACGACUGCCCUCUAGUGGCCCUGGGGCCCUUCAGCCUGUCCCCAGUAGCGACCCUGGUACAGAGGGCAAAGCCCACCUGCUGCAUUAGCCUUGCUCUGUCUCCGAGACUGAAGCUGGGCUGGAGGAAGAAGCGAUGCCCACGGUCUUGGGAAAGAUAGCCAUUGGGGAAGGGUGGCGUCUUUCCUUGGCUUGCAGAGAGUUGUACAUGCACACUGACAGUGUCCAGUGUCGGUUGGGCAUGCGCACUGAUGGUAUCCAAAACUCUGCCUUAUUCCCUUCUUACAGCCCGAUUCCUGGGCUGGGAGUGCCAGCACUAGCUUUGUCCUUGCUCACCUGCUUGAGGCCUACUGGGGAACAGGAGCUGUGCCUUUCUGACCUACCCUGUCCUACAUAGUCCUUAUGUUGGCUUAUCCCAGGAGCCUGCUCCCCAAAAUCCUGCCCAGGGCACCUGGGAGGUCUGGAGCCCCCGUUUUCCUCUCUGUGUUUUGGGGUUUGACGGUUGCGGAUCCCUUUCUGGCUGGGCUGCUCAGGGUGACAUCAGAGCACCUCUGGGGAUGCUGCUGGGGAACCACGUGGUCCUCCUACAAUGCCAAAGCUUCCCUGUUCCCCUUCUGCCUCAGUCUCCCCAGCAGAACCAUGUUGCCUGUGGGACAGAGGAAGAAUGUAUGAAUUUAGGCCAAAGGUCCUAUGGUCCAUUUGUGGGGUUGGGAAGGCCCCUGUCACCACUCAGACCUUCAUUUAAACCCAAGGAGGUCCCUAGGGGUGGUAUUGUACUGAUAUAUAAAUAUAUAUAAUAUAUACAUGAGACAUACUGAUAGAAUCUGUAAGCUAAUAAAAAUAUAAGAAAAGGUUAAAAAAAGAAUAGGUAAAUUGACAAGAAAUAUUUAUUGUUUUUUCCCAUAUUGCUUUAUUGUCCCUGGCCACAACCUGUUUCCUUUUCUUUUCUAAUCUGUAAGUAGAGCCUGAACUGCAGGUGUCUUUGUCCCAAACAGCUCAGGUCUGGCCUUGACCUUGACCUUGGUCUUGGCCUCCCUAGGCUCAGUCUGGGGACUUGGAGGUUAACACACUCUGGCUGCUUAGUUUUGGCAAGCAGUAGCCCAGCUGCCUGCAUCCUGGAUGUGAGGAUGGCUGCAUCCAUCGCCCCAGGUCUGAGCCAGCAUGUGUUUGGGAUGCAGGUGUAUGGCUGUGCAGUGUGCAUUUCUUAGAUUUUUUUCCCCUCCGGGGAGCUUUGACUGUAUGGGCGUUGUUUAGAGGAGUUGGAGAGAAGAGUGGAAUCAUGGGUAGAGGUCUCUUUGGGUCCCGCUUCCCAAAGAAUAAAUGGGCUUAGUGAUCAAAGUCCUUCUAAAGUGUCCUUCCCUCUGAGAUAGUCAACGCUAAUGUCUCGAUUACCACUUUCUUCAUUCCUCAAAUGAACCCCACUUCUUCCCAGGUUAGAAGAAAAAUUUCCUCAUCCCCUUCUUUGUAAAUACCCUCAUCCUGCUGCACAGCCCGAGGAGGCUUCUCCUGGCUGGAAUGUUCACGCGAGCCUUUGAGGAACAUCAGAGCCUCUGCACCCUGCCUUAGGCCAUCCCCCAGUCAGCCUCGAGUCUGGGCUCAACCUUCACACGAGGUGUCACCUUCUCAAGCCAUGUGUGAGUCAUGUGAAGGACCAAGGUGGAUGCUGGGAAGUGGAUGCCUCCUUCCCAGCAUGCCUGUAGGAUUGGACACCUGAGUUUGGCUUUUUUGGAAGGACGUCGGAGAAGGGGCCUCAGUUCUUACACUGGGAACCGCACUGUAGUCUGCCCUCUUCCUCACUGUGAUUCUCACAGGUGGGUCUUGCACAUUCAUGCACGCACACACAGGCGCACACACGUGCAUACACACACAGACCACAUGCACUCUCACCCCUCCAUAUGCAAUCUAUUCUUGCCAAAGAUUUCCUUUAAACACGAAUGCUUCUUUACCCAUCGUUUUUUUGUGAGUGAUCUGUUUUGUUCUUCUGUGUAGUUGAGUCUGUAUGUUAGCAGGGAGAGUGCUGUCUGCUCUUAACCGUGAGUGAAGGAGGGGUAAGGAAGAUGGACCUGGCAGCGAGACCCCUCAGCUACAGCCCAGGUCCAUACUGCCUCUGGCAACUCAGAAGAUUGCUGAGGUUGGCCUGUGGCCUCAACCUCCCGGAUUAUCUGGAGGUGAGCUGACAGAGAGGGACACCGAUUGAGCCAGGUUUGGGGGAAGGGAAGGCCCCCAUAGUUCUGGGGGACAGGGGUGAAGAGCUGGGCUAGAAUACAGUAGAUAGGCGGUCCCUAAGGGAAGGCUGGGAAAAACUAAUAAUUGGAUACUGAAAUCUCUGUUGUGCUACUGUGGACCCCUGGCUCCCUUGUCCAGCUUUGUCUGAGGAACAAAUUCACAUUUGAGGUUUGGAACAGACGUUCCCUGGCAGCUUAGAUAGUUUUGGACAUGAUUGCCAGAAUUUCUGGUAAACCCUGGCUUUGGAGAGUCCCUGGAGAUACCUGUCUCGUAGUGUAGGGAGGACACUGUGGUGGUGAGCCCCUCUAGAAAGGGGCUGUCAGGAGAGGGAGAGACCCUGCACCAGGCCUGAAUAGGGAUGAAACAGGUUCCUUGUGCUGUCUGGGAAAUGCGGGAGAGACAAGUCAGUGAACAACAUCUGUCCUGCUCUGGAUUUCUUCUCCGUCCUACCUCCCAGGGUUUCUGGCUCUCUUUCCCCAGCUUCAGAUCUUGGGGAGAUCCAUCCAAGGGAACCAGCCCUCUCUUGCCUCUAUGCCUUGGGUCCUUGAAGAGCUUGGACCCAAAGCUAGGGCCACCUCUGCACAUAGGCCUUGGCAGAAGAUCUCGAGAUGGGUGUUUCCAUGGUCAGUGGUGACAGGAUGUGUGUGCGUGUGUGUGCGCAGGUGUGGAUGUGUGUGCAUGGUUUGCUCUCUUUAGAGAGCUUCGAGUGGGAGGUGGAGGUGGUAGAUGGAGGGAUGUCAAGUUCAGUGCGACCCAGUAGUGAGAAGAACCAGGAGGUGAGGCCUGAUGGUCCACGGAUUAAGUAGUGUUUUAGUGCUGGCAAUGGAGGGGAUAGCCACAUGGGAUAAGGCUCUGCAGGCCUCUUCCUUGCUGUCUCCUGUCUCCUCAAAGGGCUGAAAAGUUGGAGGAUCUCAGUUGGUUUCCAUGCCUGGGCCCCUCACGGCAGCAAGGCCAUGGAAGUGCGACACACUCAUGCGUCUCCUCGUCAGUGUUCACAACCCAGUCCUCCCUAUGAACCCACAUCUGGCUCGUAUGUGUGUGAGCACGUUGGGGUGUGCAUAUGGUAUCUCCCCAUUUUCUUUCUUCCCUUCUUUCAUUCAAAACAAAUGUAAGAAGUUCCUUAUAUACUGUUAUCUCAACCCUGCCCCCCAGGCCCUCUUCUGGGAGACCCAUACCCAGAGUCCAUCUUCUGCCCCCCCCCACCCCAGCCCUCUGCUGUGUAUUUAUAGAUGGAAAUAUACUUUAUAUUUUGUAUCAUUGUGCCUAUAGCCUCCGCCACCUUGUAUAAACCCUAUUGUAUGGCAAGUGUUCUGGAUAUGAAUGUAUUACACAAAAGCUACCCCCUCUGUACAGCCGCUUGUCUCUUACAAUCAUUGUAUGGCUUUAUAAAUGAUACCGUGAAA